AUGGGAAGUGUGAACGUGACGGAAUCAGGACGUGAAUGCCUGUUCUGGAGAUCCUAUUCCGACGACACGGAGGGCGACUUAUUGUCUCCCGACCCCACCGGAAUGCCUCCAAUCAACACUACAAAGGAACAUUUCUUCCUCAAUCAGAACAGUGUGAUUCACCAUAACUACUGUCGGAAUCCGUACAGGAGGGAGAGACCUUGGUGCUUCGUCUCGGAUAAUGUCGUCCAAUGGGAAUACUGCUAUAUUCCAAUGUGCACCGACCACAUCCCACCGGCGUGCAAGUUGACUGAGCUGGGCGGGGAAUACGUAGGAAGGAGGAACGUGACGAUGAUGGGCCGACCAUGUCUUCCUUGGAGAAGCACCGAUCAGACUGAUUUCUCCACGUUCCCGGAUUCCCAUGAUGUCAACGCCGAUCACAACUUCUGUCGCAACAAUUGGAUUCCAGGGAGUCGAGUUGCUCCCUGGUGUUUCAUCGAGGCUGGGAGUUCUUCGAAAUGGGAAUAUUGCGCUGUGGGCUUCUGUGAGCGCCGUGUUGAAGUUGGAGCGGUGGGGCAUGUGUAUCCUGAAUGCCGACUGUCAGAGAAGGGGAUCGAAUACGUGGGAAGGCAGAACGAGACUGCGACUGGGAAAGCUUGCCUAAAAUGGGAAAACGUCCUCUUCAACCAGUCUCUUUGGGACCUCACUCACCCGUAUUUCAUUAUUGACUACUAUGACUUGAAAAAUUCUAUAAACAUGGACAAUUACUGCCGGAACUUUGGGCGCUGGAAGCGGCCAUGGUGCCUGGUUUCUGACUACACAUCGUGGGAAUACUGUGACAUCCCAUUCUGCCACGACCCGAAUCCACCGGAAUGCAAGUUGAGCCGACCCGGAGGGGAAUAUGUGGGGAAGCUGAACAUGACGAUAUCGGGAUACCCAUGCAAGCCUUGGCUGAGCAUGUGUCCAGGAGACAUAGAAUUUUGCAAGGAUUUGCAUAUCGGAUUUGCAGACGAGCUCGAUGGCCCAAGUGAGUGCCAACUGGACAGAACUGGGAAGGAAUACAUUGGGACAAAAAACAAGACCAAGAAGGGAUUCCAGUGCCAGCCAUGGUUGAGCAAUUCACCCAACAGCCAACUCAUCGCAAUCGAUUAUCACGACAAGGAUCUUUAUGAUGGCGAGAAACUCCAGAGAGGGUAUAUGUACACGAAUGCAUGGACAUUUCCCGAUGACUUGUACCCACAGCACAAUUACUGUCGCAACCCGAAUGGAGAUGAAGCUGUUUGGUGCUACAAAGCUUCUGGGGAAGGAAGGGACUACUGCGAAGUACCCGAAUGUCCUUAA